AUGUGGAGGGCAGCUGAUAUCCCCACUGAUAAAUACUACGAGGUCCGAGCAGAAUGCACCGAUGUUCCCAAAACCAAAUUCAAAAUCAAGGCUGGUAAGACCUUAAGCAUACGGAAAUGGAAGUCUUCCUUCAGUCCAGAAGGUUAUGUAGAUAUAGGCAGGACCCUUACCAGAAUCUACCAGGGUGGUAUUCACCCCGAUAUCAGAGGAGAAGUUUGGGAAUUUCUAUUGGGUUGCUACGAUCCCAAGAGCACAUACGAUGAGCGCGAACAAAUACGAGAAGACAGAAGGGCUAGAUACACGGUUCUAAAGGCGGAAUGCAGCAGCCUUUUCCCUCUUAUAGGGAGCGGCAAAUACGUAACGGCGCCCAUUAUAACUGAAGACGGCGAGCCUUCUCAAGAACCUAUAGCGCUCGAGCAACUGACCAUGGAGAAUGGACAGUGUAUAACACUGGAAAAGGAGACAGACAAGAAGAUCAUAGAAUGGAAGUACAUCCUUCAUCAAAUAGGUCUUGACGUGGUUCGUACAGACAGGACUCUAGUUUUCUACGAGAAGAAAGAGAACUUGGCCAAGCUUUGGGAUAUUCUGUCUGUCUACGCUUGGUUUGAUACAGAGGUCGGUUAUUGCCAAGGAAUGAGUGAUCUAUGUUCGCCAAUGAUAAUGCUUUUCCAAGAUGAAGCAGACGCGUUUUGGUGUUUCGAACGCUUUAUGCGCAGAACGAGAGCAAAUUUCAGAUAUACAGAAAGAUCUGUCGGGGUCGAGAAACAACUCUGUAGUUUGGCCACAGUUACUCAAGUCAUCGACCCGAAGCUUCACCACCAUCUAGAGGAACUGGGAGGAGGCAAUUAUCUAUUUGCUGUCAGAAUGCUUAUGGUUUUGUUUAGAAGAGAAUUCUCUUUUGGAGAUUCUCUCUACCUUUGGGAGAUGAUGUGGGCUCUGGAGUAUGAUCCGGAGAAGUUCGCCACAUAUGAAGACCCUGACGAUGAAUGUAAAGGGCGGGCAAAGUCAAUACGAAACUAUGGAAAGUACGAGAAGGAGGCGAUGAAAAAUGGUGGUGGAAAAGAUGGGGAAGCUCCGCUCCCCAUAUCGGUUUUCCUGGUAGCCAGUGUUCUUAAGGAUAAAAGCGCCAGGUUACUGAGCGAGGCUAGAGGACUGGAUGAUGUUGUUACGGUAAGUAAGAGUCUUAUGUGA